UACAGCCCCGCAUGCUGCUCCCGUAGGGCUGCGCGGCCAGGGCCACCCUGCCUCGGUGCCGGGACGAUGCAGACCUUCCUGAAAGGCAGGCGGGUGGGCUACUGGCUGAGCGAGAAGAAGAUGAAGAAGCUGAAUUUCCAGGCCUUCGCCGAGCUGUGCAGGAAAAGAGGGAUAGAAGUAAUACAGCUUGACCUCACUAAACCAAUUGAAGAUCAGGGCCCACUGGAUGUGAUCAUACAUAAACUGACAGACGUCAUCCUUGAAGCAGACCAAAAUGACAGCCAGUCAUUGGAGUUGGUUCACAGGUUCCAGGAGUAUAUUGAUGCUCACCCUGAAACUAUUAUCUUGGACCCCCUUCCUGCUAUCCGGACACUGCUGGACCGAUCCAAAUCUUAUGAGCUUAUUCGUCAAAUAGAGGCCUACAUGCAAGAUGAGAGAAUCUGUUCACCACCCUUUAUGGAGCUGACAAGUGCCUGUGGAGAAGAUACCUUGCAGCUCAUAGAGAAGAAGGGACUAUCAUUUCCUUUCAUUUGUAAAACCAGAGUGGCUCAUGGAACCAACUCUCAUGAGAUGGCAAUUGUAUUCAACCAGGAAGGCCUGACAGCCAUCCGCCCCCCCUGUGUGAUUCAGAGCUUCAUCAAUCACAAUGCUGUGCUGUAUAAAGUGUUUGUGGUCGGAGAGUCGUACACUGUUGUGAAAAGACCAUCUCUAAAGAACUUCUCUGCCGGUGUCUCAGAUAGAGAAUCAAUAUUUUUCAACAGCCACAAUGUGUCAAAGCCAGAAUCUUCCUCAGUCUUAACAGCACUUGAUAAAAUCGAAGGUGUGUUUGAGCGGCCAAACGAUGAUGUCAUCCGGGAGAUCUCCAAGGCACUGAGACAGGCUCUGGGAGUUUCCCUAUUUGGAAUUGACAUCAUCAUUAACAAUCAGACUGGGCAGCAUGCAGUCAUUGAUAUCAAUGCAUUCCCAGGUUAUGAGGGCGUUUCAGAAUUCUUCACAGACCUCCUGAACCACAUAGCUGCUGUCCUGCAGGGCCAGGCCCCAGAGGUGACCCAGGUGAACCACAGCAAACUCCUGGCUGAGCAGACCAGCGGCCUUAUGGGGGAGCGGACAUGCUGUGCUAGCACAGGCUGCCGAAGCGUGGUGGGAAAAGAGUCCUCCUGGAUUGUUGAGAGCGAGACCAACAGCGCGGUAAAGCUGCAGCACCAGAGACUAGGCUGCAACUCUGCAGUCUCACCGAGCUUUCAGCAGCACUGCGUUGCCACUUUGGCAACAAAAGCUUCCUCUCAAUAACCAGCUGAUGCCAUGGACUGAGGAAAAGGCACAGGGAUUCACAUAAUGAUCCCAGAACCAGAGCAGGCUGUAACAACACAAUUACUAAAAAAAAAAAAAAAAAAAAAAAAAAAA